UUGAAGUUCAUAAUGCAUUAUCUCCUCAACCGUAAAAAACCUUAAUCAUAUUAAUCCCACGGGUGUCGUGUAAGCAUAUAUGUGUUAGAUAGAAUGCAACGAAAUAUUGUUUCCUCAGCAAAAGAUUCAAAAAUGGGAAUGAUUUGUCUGCAGUGUUUUGUUCUUUUAUUGCAUUGUUCUUUUGUACAUGGAACAUCAAAAGGAGCUUUACCACAAUCAUGUAACACUAUGACGCCAGGACAUACAAGCACUGCUGCACAGACUAGUCCUGCGCCUUACAGUGUAACAGUAAGCAAAACCAAGUACACUGGAGGUGACACUAUAUCAGUUACACUAUCAAAAACAGCAGCAAAACAGUUCAAAGGAUAUUUGAUCCAGGCCAGGAAUCAAGAUGGAACAAAAAUACCUGGUUUUAACCUUAUAGCGAAUUCCAAAUAUCUCAAGUGUGAUAGCCCAAAUGAUGCCGUAACACACACAGAAGCCACAGAAAAAGACAGCGUUACUUUUCAAUUUACAGCCCCAACCACAUCAAAGGGAAAUAUAACAAUUUUUACAACUGCCGUAGAAAAUUACAGCACUUACUGGGUAAUGAUGCAGUCUGACACAAUUAUUGACGCAGUCGUCACUGGUGCCUCAUCAAGAUUCCUUCCUGAUUGUGUUCUUGUUGCCAUUUCUCUAUUUUGUUUUCACCUUUACCGACACUGAAAACAAAAAACUAAAUUAAAGCAGGCAAUGUUGAAUUAAUUCAAAGAGAAAAUAGAGAAAUAACUUUAUAGCCUGAUUUGAAUAGAAAACAGACCCUUAUGUGACAUGGGAAGGAACAACAGUACUGUUUAUUUUAGAGUUAUCUCCCGUUGUGUUUAUUUUAGAGUUAUCUCCCGCUGUUUUGUAUAAUUUUUUCACAUAUUGAUUGUUUUGUACAAUUUUUUCACAGAUUGACAGAAUGCUGAUAUAAAGGUUAUUGAUUUAACAGAAAGAUACAAAAUUGAAUGAAGGAUAUAAUUGAAACAAACUUAUUCAUAUACUACAAUGUGAAACAAAUUCUGACUUUAACCAAUUUAACUUUUCUGUUCAGAUUCUUAUCUCCUUUUUUUUCAUUUUUGUUUUUUGUUUUAUGUUUUUUGUCUAUGAAACAUUUUGCAUCAUCCUAAACCUAUGCAUGAGAUCAAACUCAAAUUUGCAUAAAAAGUUAGUCAGUACAAAUUCUUGUACAAACUCAACGAUUUUCACUGUCUAAGCUAUGAUUUUAUAAACACCAUUUUUCUAUAAAUGAUUUUUAAAUAAUAA